AUGCAACUGCAGCUUACCAACAUUGCACAAUGCCACCCAGCAAGUACGGUACAGCUGCAAGGACAGCAAAUUGCACGACCAAACGGGUACCAGAAUCAACUCCUCGAGCAAAAUGUCUGGGAUUGUGUGCAGCACCUGCUGCCUACAGUACAGCAAGAGCAUUUUUGGAUCACUCAACAGCAGGUGGGCAUGCAUAUGCAAAGGUAUCAAAUGCUUGCAGCUAAUGUGGGGAAGAUGAAGACUGGUUAUUCUGGUGGAUGGAACAAUCAGCAGAAUGCUGGGUGGGCUUCUGGGAUACAAUCACCAUCCAAGACUGUAUCACCUUCAGCCAUUGUCAAGUCAGGGACUGUACCUGCUGCUUUACCAUCUAACAGCGAUUCUUCAUUCUUGCUGCAUAACAAUACAGCAGUAAGUGGCUGCAAACAGGCCACUACAACUAAAUUGUCGACGCCACUCCCACCAACUGAUCGAGCUGGGGAUCAGGAGCAUGGUGGAGCUGAAACACCAGUGGCCAAGACGCCAGCCCCACCAGCUGAUCAAGCUGAGAGGAUCAGGAGCAUGGUGGAGCUGAAACACCAGUGGCCAAGACGCCAGCCCCACCAGCUGAUCAAGCAGAGGAUCAGGAGCAUGGUGCUUUCUUCAUCACCAACAGCGAUUCGCAGCUCAUUUAAUUUGAUGAAGUCGGCAGUGAUUGAUAUGGAUUCAGUACCAUUACCAAUUGGAUCCAAUAACAAAAUGAAACGUGUGUAUGCUGUUACAUCGACUUCUGGAUCACAAACACUCAGCAGCACGGAUGACAGCACUUUGACAUUUCAGUCCAAUGCAUCAGAUGCUGCAUCUAGCGGAUAUCACAGUGGUAAGAGGCAGAAACCACAGAAUGUCAAGGAUGCUCUACUGGAUGAUAUCGAAGCUGUCAACAGCAGACUGAUUGAUACCUUGAUAAGCAUCACCGGCGAAGAUGGAGCAGAUAGGAUCACCUUAUGCAAUGGCACGACCCUGAUCAAACUGUCAUAUACUGCAGUGUCCCUUGCGCCAGGUCUCAAAUCAAAAUUUGGAGUGUCAGGAAAUUUUCAGCCUCUCGUGAUGCCCACCACACUGUCAAUCCCUGCCGGUUAUCCAAGAAGCUCUCCAGUGAUCGCUGAUGAUGAAGGAGAUGCUCGGAUCAGGAACAAGUUCAGCAGCAUCUCAGUGGCGGUGGACCGGGCAUUCAGACUUCCCCUCCACAAUGUCCAGGUCGUUGAAGGAAAUAGCCAGGGUGUGGGACUCCUGUGUACGUCGUGCAGUCACCGAGUAUGUCUACCAGCUGGGCGCGGUGGACACUUACUCAAGUCUCUGCCGGUGUCAGGGUUGGGUCAAGGGAUGAGAAUUGGGGAAUUCAUAUGCGAAGAACAUUCUCUGAUCUGUGUGUAG